AUGCCCAAUCAUGGGGAGCCACGUGGUCCUUCCUCUUCACCUCAAUCGCCUCCUACCUCUUCCUCUCAAUCCUCCUCCACCUUUCUCUUUCUCUCCUCUUUUGCCACCGUCAAAUCCCUCUUGGGCCACUCCCUGCCGUCCACAACCUCUCCAUGUCUCUCAUCUCUGCCACGAUCUUCGCCGGCAUCCUCCUCUCCGUCGCCGUUGAGAUCCGCAGAACGUAGUGGUUCUGGCGGCACUCCCAAACACCCUUACAGUGGCUCCUCUGCGGGGGGACAGCUGAGGCUGCGGGAGCUUCGGGAGGAAGAGGAGGAGGAGGAGGGGGAAGAGGAUUUGGAGUGCGAGGGAGAACAGGACCAAGAAAAGGAGCACGAGCGGCAGGAGGAACGGGAGUCGGAGGGGGAAGAGGAACCAGAGGAGGAACUUGAAAUGGAACCGGAGGGGGAGCCACGACCUUGCCCAGGUUUCGCCAUAGUUGUAGCAGAGAGAAAGGAACGAAUGAAACCCUCUGAUAAACCUAAGGAGUGA